AUGAUUCGCAAGACUCCACCACGCCUUGUACGCGACCCGGUGCCGACUGACACCAAAGCUUUUUACUCGUGGUUUAGCGGUCAGGCGUAUCGGCAGGAACGUGUUAUUCCCGGUGGGUACCCCGCCGUCCGCGUGUAUCCGGUAUAUGGUAAGAGAUGGUUUACGGGUCGUACUGUAAUGGCGAUGAUUGCUGGGUUUUCGCUUUUCGGUGCUUGGCAUCGACCCGAGAAGGAGCGUUACAACAUGGAAAUGAUGAUUGAGUGGUCUGAGAGGCAAGCGGCCCACCUUCCAUAUCAAAAAGCCGAGGUGAACCUACGCUGCCUUAUUACUAGCUACAAGCGGCAUCGCUACGAACAGGAAAACCUCAUCGAUAAAGGUUUCGUAGGUCUAACAUCGGAAUUCCGCAAGUUCUUCUACCACGACGAUGUGUGGCGCCCCCCACUGCACGAUGUUCUCAUGCACCCGUACGCAAAGUAUGGCGGACCGUUGUUCAGCUACAAUUGGACCAUAGGAUACUUUUGA